ACCUUUGUUGGUCUUUUUGGUUCCUCCUCCUCUCGCAGACUGGCGGGACGCUGAAAGACGCGCGGAGGCUGGAAAGAGGGCAGGGUCGAUGAGAGGGAUGUGCCUGGGGCGGCCUCAGCCGCGUGUUUCUUUCCAUCAUCCACCUCGUAGCUUCUCUUUCUCCUCGUGUUGAGCGCGGUGGGUGGAGAGAAGUCGCCGCCGCUUUGCCUCAGUCGAGCGGGACGUGCAGCUUGAGGCGCGUCUCCCUGUGGUGGGUGUCGGACUUGGACGGGGCGUCAAGAAGAGCCUGGCCGCUCCUCGCCGUCUGGUGGAUACUUGCUAGGGAAUGUGUUUUGCUAAUGGGUGUGAGCAAAUUAGAUGUUUUAUACAGACGCCUUCUUCUCACUAAGCUUUUCAUUCAAGGAUGGGGAAGACCAGAAGACCUGAAAAGAAUAUUUGAAUUCAGAAAGAUUAUUGGAAACAGAGAAAAAUGCCAGAAUCUGGUUUCAAGGGACUAUCCAGUGCAUGUUAACAAGGUUGAAGAGCAAUCAGAUUGUAAGAUCCUUGAUGGACACUUUAUUUCACCCUUGGCUCAUUAUGUUCCAGAUAUCAUGCCUGUGGAAACUAUCACAGCAAGGUUUCAGUUUAUUGUACCCAAGAGAUGGAAUAGUAAAUACAGACCUGUAUGUGUUCAUUUAGCAGGCACUGGAGACCAUUACUUUUGGAGACGACGCACUUUAAUGGCCCGUCCAAUGAUCAAAGAGGCUUGUAUGGCUUCUUUGCUUCUAGAAAACCCUUAUUAUGGAUGCAGAAAGCCUAAGGAUCAGUUAAGGUCGAGUCUGAAAAACGUGUCUGAUUUGUUCGUCAUGGGAGGAGCUCUUGUGCUGGAAUCAGCAGCUCUUUUGCACUGGCUUGAGAGAGAAGGCUAUGGACCGCUAGGAAUGACUGGAAUAUCAAUGGGAGGACAUAUGGCAUCAUUAGCAGUAUCAAACUGGCCGAAACCAUUGCCCCUAGUUCCUUGUCUAUCCUGGUCUACAGCUUCUGGUGUUUUUACUACGGGUGUACUGAGCAAAGCAGUGAACUGGAGGGAGCUAGAGAAACAGUAUUAUACUCAGAGUGUUUAUGAAGAAGAAAUCAUUCAAAUGCUUGAAUAUUGUGGGACAGAUUCAUUCAAGAUGGGACAAGACUUUGUUAAAAAUUCUCCUGGCAGUGUGGACAGCUUAAGGAACCUGGAUCUGAAUUCUAGUAUGCUCAAGUUGGAUACCAGAAGCAAAGUUCUUUCUUCGGAAGCUGGCCACUGCCUUAGUCCUAGCAAAAGUACUCUAAGUGCCUCAGCAGAAGGAUUGUUAGUACAAGAGACACCAAAAAUGCAGUGCAUAAACCAGACAUUUUCAACCAGCAGCAAUAGCAAUAAGGACUUUACCUGUGAGCAGAAGCAUCUGAUAAGUGGGAAAAGUGACACUUUACAAAGAGAAUCUCUAAGGUUCAUGAAAGGGGUAAUGGAUGAAUGUACCCAUGUAGCUAACUUUUCAGUUCCAGUUGAUCCAGCACUGAUCAUAGUUGUUCAAGCCAAGGAGGAUGCUUAUGUUCCAAGAACUGGAGUGCGUAGCCUUCAAGAAAUAUGGCCAGGAUGUGAAAUCAGAUACUUGGAUGGAGGUCAUGUUAGUGCAUACCUCUUCAAACAAGGAUUGUUCAGACAAGCCAUAUAUGAUGCAUUUGAACGCUUUCUUCAGAAAUAUGCUGUAUAAUCCUACUCUGAACUACUCUGCAUAAUAUUGUUCUGAGUUUUCCUUGUGGAUUGUCAUGUUUGGAAAACAAGAUGAUUAGAGAUUUUCAGUGAAGUCAGCAAUUGAAUGUCCUGUGCUGCUGUUACCAAUAUUAGCAAUGCAAAAAUAAGAACAUUUAUCAACCAAGGUCAACCUUAAAACUUUCAUUAGUCAAAACUGUGAACAUCUUAGCACAAUACCAGUGUGUCUGAAGUCUAUAAAAUGAUUUUAAAAUGGUAAUUUAAAAAUGGUAAUUGAAAAAAGACCAAUGCUGCACUGACAGAUGGUUAAAUUUGGGUUUGUGUAGCUUUCAGAAUCUAAUUUCUGGUCCCAGUUUGUCAUCAGUUCAUAAAUGCAAGAUGAAUUUAGCUCCCACAGAAUAACAGUUACUAUUUUUUUCACAGUCAGCUCAGUAUUUGCAAGAUUUUCGUUAGGAAUAUUCUAAAGAUAGUUUACUUAUAUUGACUGAGAUUUGAAAAUUGGGACGUGUCCAAAGAUCCAGUGCUGCAUUUGUCUGUUUUGGUUUGGAGAAAAGUGCUGACACACUGCUUUGUUGUGCCAUGUUGGUUCUUAAAGGAAAUGCUUGUUUAGGUUCAGCUUUCCUAAUUUAGAACAGGAGUGCUGUUCAUGUCCUUUUUGGAUAUGGAGGGGGGAAAUUGCAUUGUUCACUGGCUGAGUUACAACACCUGAAAUAAAACAGUCUUGUAUAAAUAUCCCAUAUAUCAAAUCUUUUAACAAAUGUUAGCUUCCUUGAAAAACCCUUGUCAUACAAAUUAUUUUAAUUUGCAUUGUUACAUAGUAAAAUGGUGUGGGUAUGUAAUAUUACAUAAUACUGAUGGAUUGGGUCCAUUAUAUCAAGGCUCUUUGCAGAGUGUCCAGUUUGCAAGUGUCCAGUACUCUUGGGGUGGUGGUGAAUGACACUUUCUGGAGACACUGGAUGUUAAAUUGACUAAGAUCUUAAUUUUUAAAAAUAUUUUAAGGUCUGAUAUGGAACAACGUCAUGGAAAGAAUCAAUAUUUAAGUCAAAAUGGUCAAACCUCAACAGAAUUUACUAACUUUUUAUUAAAACUACUCUAUAGCAGCCACAUGAAACUAGAAUUCCAAAUUUGCAAGUGUCCAGUACUCUUGGGGGGAUGGUGAAUGACACUAUGUUUCUGGAGACACUGGAUGUUAAAUUGACUAAGAUCUUAAUUUUUUAAAAUAUUUUAAGUUCAUCAGAUUCAUUCUACUAAUCACUAAUAUCUUGAAAAAUAGUUAUAAUUCUAUGUUAAAUAUUCAGAAUCUAGAGUUGCAUAGUUCCUCCUGUUUAGAUCUGGCUUCCAAAACAGAUGACUUAAAAAGAGUUUGAUAUUCACAAGUGCUUAAAUAAUGACUGAAAAAGGUAGCUGCCAAAACCAAAGCUGCCAAAUCCUUGUGUCUCUAGAGGCACAUUAACUAUAAACAUUAGUAUCAAUUAAACUGUAUACAAAGAAAAGGCAUGUAUUAGAUGCUGUGUCAAGAGAACAAAUACUUGAAUCUUGGCAGAAAAUCUCAAAACAUUGAAUGUAAGAGGAUAUUUCUGUGCAACUUGUUUAUCUCUAAAGGACUGGCAGACAAUGCAGUCACAUGCAGUGAUACCUCAGUGCAAGCCUAUUAAUUUCAAUGCGCUUAAACUAGACAACUCUGCAUAAAAUUGCACUGUAAGAUAUCCUUUUGGUAAUACCAAUUUUGUGGGCCUUUACUAUGAAUGAAUGUUUUUCAUAUUCUAACCUAUCACGUUUCUUAAGUAAAACAAGAAGGUACUAAUGAUCUGAUGUUAACAUGAUUUUAAUUGUUUAAAUGAGGAAAAGUAGAAGGGAGUUUUACAGUUCUGUAUAACUGUGAUUUGUUGUCUUCUUUCAAUUAUUUUAUAUUUUUAAUAAAAACUUGAAUUAAAAAUUC